AUGGUGCUCUCCUACCGCCUCCUCUCUACCGUCACCAAGCUCAGCUUGGUAGCCGGUUCUGCCUAUGCUGAGAGUGAGUACAUUUGGCCCAAUGCCAAAACUGACUUGCUUGAGUCUAUGCUCUACGAGCAGCAGGGAUUAGGAUCUGGCAACUCGCCAGCAACCUUUAUUGUUCCCUGCGAAAAGGUCAAUUUUGGCACUGGGCGUAACGGGGCUGCAGAGUGGCUGCGAACGGCAUACCAUGACAUGGCAACUGCGGAUGUUGUGGCUGGCACAGGUGGUAUCGACGCGUCUAUUGGGUUUGAGGUAAACCGCGACGAGAAUCCUGGUGUUGGAUUCAACGAGACGCUUGUGAAUCUAGCUGCAUUUCUGACGCCCCGUUCCUCAAUGGCAGACUUGAUCGCUUUGGGGGCAGUGUUUGCUGCAAAUGGAUGCUCAAAUGGAAACGUUACGAUUCCCUUUCGAGCAGGCAGAGUUGAUGCUAAAGGACCCGGUGCGCCAGGUGUGCCCAAACCAGAGCAGCCGUUGGACGAGCACAUUACCAGUUUCCAGAGACAAGGGUUUACGCCACAAGAGAUGAUUGGGUUGGUGGCAUGUGGUCAUACGCUGGGAGGCGUCCAUGGUGUAGAUUUUCCGGAGAUUGUGCCAGUUGCAACGGAUCAGAAUACGCAGACUUUCGACACAACUAACUCGGGAAUGAAUGCGUUCGACAAUACUGUUGCUGUUCAGUUCGUGAAUAACGUUACGCAGAAUCCGCUGGCAUUUGGUCACAAUGAGACCACCAAUUCCGAUGGAAGAAUUUUCAACUCUGAUGGAGGAGAAGUAAUUGGGAAAAUGGCAGAUUCUCCGUCUUACUUUUACCAGACUUGCACAACACUCCUCGAACGAAUGAUCAAUACAGUUCCCAAGGGUGUAACUCUUACGGAUCCGAUCCAGCCUAUUGCCGUAAAGCCUUCCAAGCUGUUCGCCACUAUUAACUCGAAUGGGACGAUGACCAUGUCUGGCAGCAUUAGAGUAUGUUACCUCGUUUUAUUGAGACGCGUAAUAUGA